AUGCCUCCUGCUUCCUUCAAUCUGAAACAACGUCUCGCGGCACUUUCGCUUGCUCCAUCUUCCCCAUCGUCUCCCGGUUUUAAUCAGUCGAAGAAUGGAGAUGCUUUUGACUACUUGCGUUCACCCACAAGUCCAAACACGAAACGGAAGAUGUUCAUUAACAACGUCACUCCGAACUGGAUGAAGAAGUCUCAGGGGGGUACACCGACGUAUCGUGAAGGAUACUCUCACGGUGAUGAGGAAAAGAGAAUGGUCCAGGAAGUGUUGGCGAAGAUGAUAUUCCAAGCAGGGGUCGAUUUCGAGGUUGUCCUCAACGCCUCAGCUUUGCCAGAUCCACAAGUUGUGUCAUACGACCUACUCCUUUCGCGCAUAUUGUCCUAUCUAGACUUAUACGUGGAAGCUGAUUACACAGUCGUAUUCUUUGCCGCCGGGUCAAAGCAUGCCCCAAGUUGGAACUGGGUUUGGAAAGCGUAUCGCAGUUUGAGCCGAAAGUACAGGAAGAACCUUAAGCAACUGUACAUCGUGCACUCAUCUUUCUUCUCCAAAAUGCUAUUCUCCCUUGCGGGGGCAAUUAUCAGUCCCAAGUUCUUCAGAAAACUGAUAUAUACCUCUACACUUUCUGAGCUCGCUCGCCAUGUACCUCUCACCCAAAUCGAUAUCCCACCAGCUGUAUACCAAGAGAACCUCAAAUAUGAACGUAAAAUAACGAUGCCUGUACCAAGUCGAUCAAAUGUCUUUGGGGUACCCCUUGAAGAUCUCAUGGGUUAUGAUGGUGAAAAGGGUGGUAUACCUAGAGUCGUCAAAGACGCAAUCCAUUAUUUGCGUCAAUCAGGCAUGCAAGAGGAAGGCCUGUUUCGGCGUUCGCCAUCUUCUUCACUUCUUCGAGCGGCGCAGGACGCUUAUGAUCGUGGAAAUGUCGUUUCUUUAGAGGCAUUCGCUGACCCGCAUCUCGCCGCGGUUUUGUUGAAGAAAUAUCUUAGGGAUCUUCCUGAGCCGAUAUUCCCUGAAAGUACCUAUGGGGUAGUCAGACGGUGUCCUCUGCCCUCCGGAUCAUCCGAAUACGACGCUGCAGAAAUGGCCGCUGUGAGAUAUGUCCGGGAGUCGGUGUUACCAGAGCUAGUUCCAUGCGCAUAUAUCCUGUUUUCACAAGUGAUGCACAUUCUUCACGACGUUUCUCUGAGGAGCGAAUACAACAAAAUGGGAUCCUCCAAUCUCGCUAUCGUGAUAACACCCAACCUCGUCAAGAGCUCCAACCCCAUGCGUGACGUGUUGAUGUGCAACGUUCCCACCCCAGGACGCGGGGGAUCUACCAGCAGUGUCAACGUCCAACUCAUGAAUGCCGAUCCAAGCCCAGACCUGGCUGAUGGGAAGUGCACACUCGGCGCCGUUAUCGACCUAUGCAUACGACGCUACUAUGAGAUCUUUGACGAGGUCAUUGACCGAAGCGAGGCAGUCGCUCCAUGGCGUACAUUACGCACCUCUCAGAUAUACGAGGGCAACAGCGAAGGAUCGGGAAGCCCGCGCGAGCCGAUGUACGUUCUUGGUGAUGCGGACGAGGACGAUUAUAGCUAUGACGAUGAGAACAACGCUGCGUCACAGCAACAGCCUGUUGGUCGCGGGCCAUGGACACACCAAUCGACGACAUACGUGCCUCCUAAUUCUCAGAACGGCGCGUCCAGGAGGAAGAGAAGUCGGCAGUCAAACGGCGGUGGUGGGAGCAGGGUCAUCGCUACGCAGUCGCUAUUUAACGGGAAUGCGAGUGGUGAUGGACCUUCGUCAUCUUCGCCUUCUGCUGGCUGGUCAGGGACCGUUCGCGGAGGACAUAAUAGCAAGGCGAGGUCUGUCGUGAGCGUUGGCGAGAUCGGAGAGGGUGCCUUGGGUACUGGGACUCUGCGCAAGGGCUCUAUCUCGGUUGGACGGGGAACGACGAGGAAGGGGUCAGGUGCAGCAGUGGAAGCCCAUGGAGUCAUUGCAGAGGGAUUCUUCACGCCCCCUGCGGGGGCGCCCCCUGUUCCGCCUCGACCUGGUUCUAUCAGCACUUCGACAACGACAACGCUUGUUCAGGAUAAUACCACGUCUACACCUGUACCGACAGUGAAAGUGGAGCAACCUCAGGAUGAGGAAGAACCGAGGCUUAGCGUAGGCGAGAGGAGACGGAUGUUCGAGAGUGGGCGAUGA